UUUAUAUUGAUACUAAAAAUACUACUUAAGUAGAAAUAUUCUAACGUCCAUGAAUCAUGAUGGUUGAAUAAUAAUAAAUUAAAGAUUGUGAGGGAAAUAUUAAAUACAUAAUAAGAAACUCCAAAAAGAUAGGUUGAAGUCGUUUAUAAUUUUAAAUGAGAACGUAAGCAAGACGAACAAGUAAAAUUGGGGUCCAUGCAUGAAAUAGCAAAAAUGAUGAAGCCACCAUCUUACCUCUUCACUCUCUUAGCUUUCAUUCUCUUCGCUUCCAUCUUCUAUGGCCAUGACUUCUCCUUCAUCUUUCGUCCACACUCCAACCAUGAAACACAAACACUCUUCUCCUCACCCGAGGGAAACAUGUACAAGAGAGAAACGAAAAGAGAGGAAGAAGAGGGAUGUGACGUGUUCAACGGAAGGUGGGUACGCGACGAGUUGACUCGGCCGUUGUACGAGGAAGCGGAGUGUCCCUACAUACAACCACAGUUAACGUGUCAAGAGCACGGUCGCCCGGAGAAGGAGUAUCAACGGUGGCGCUGGCAGCCUCACGGUUGCGAUCUUCCCAUAUUCAAUGCUAGUUUGAUGUUGGAAAAACUUCGAGGCAAGAGGAUGAUGUUUAUUGGAGACUCCCUCAACCGGGGUCAAUAUGUCUCUUUGGUAUGCCUUCUCCAUCAACUCAUUCCCGAACACGCCAAAUCUAUGGAAUCCUUUGAUUCACUCACUGUCUUUACAGCCAAGGAAUACAAUGCCACAAUUGAGUUCUAUUGGGCACCUUUUCUUCUUGAAUCAAACUCCGAUAACGCUGUCAUUCAUAGGGUAUCUGAUAGGAUUGUGAAAAAGGGUUCAAUCAAUACGCAUGGACGUCAUUGGAAAGGUGCUGACAUUGUUGUAUUUAACACUUAUCUUUGGUGGAUAACUGGCUCUAAGAUGAAGAUUUUGUAUGUUUCUCUACUUUACUUUAUUCAACCAAUUAUUUACUUUCUUCCUCACUCGUUUCUUUGCCAAUGCCAUUGCAAAACAUUGGCUAAAGUUCUCCAAUUUUUUAGACAUGGAUCUUUUGAUGAUGAAGUAAAGGAGAUUAUUGAGAUGUCAACAGAGGAAGCCUAUCGCAUGGCUCUGAAAAGUAUGCUUAGAUGGGUGAGGUUGAACAUGGACUCCAACAAGACAAGAGUCUUCUUUACCAGCAUGUCACCUUCUCAUGCAAAGUAUAAAUUGUGGGGAACCAUAUUGUUAAUGUAUAUAUAUGGCAGAAGCAUAGAGUGGGGAGGUGAACCGGGAGGGAACUGCUACAACGAAACAACUCCAAUUGAUGAUUCUGCAUAUUGGGGUUCUGAUUGUAAACAAAGCAUAAUGCAAGUAAUUGGAGAAGUAUUUAGAAAAUCUGAAGUACCUAUUACUUUUCUCAACAUUACCCAACUUUCAAACUAUCGUAAAGAUGCACACACAUCAAUUUACAAGAAACAAUGGAACUCAUUGACUCGAGAGCAAUUAGCUAACCCUGUUAGUUAUGCUGAUUGUGUGCAUUGGUGUUUGCCCGGACUUCCAGAUACUUGGAAUGAACUUCUGUUUGCUAAGUUUUUAUAUUCUUGAAAGAGAUCAUACUGUUCUCUCAGGUCCCUUGUGUGGCAUGAAAGUUUGUAAAUGGGAGACUACAACAUUUUAGCUUGUUAUAAAGUUGUAUCCAACAUGAUAAAAGAUCAGAAUAAUGAACAAGAGAAAAAGAAGAAUACAAUUUGUGAACAAUAAUAGUUAACAUCGGUGGAAAAGGAGAAUUGUAUUAUAUAAAGUUGAGUUGAUUAUUUUUCCUUGUAAUUGAAAUUCCAAAUUCUUAAUUUUGCUAGUUACACUACAAUGGUGUUGAGAUGUAUCUUAUUUGAAUUGCAAUAUGGAUAAUGUUUAUAAAA